AUUCUUUCUUCAUUUUCUUAUAGGACCUUGUUCAAUGUUUAUCUUGUUGUGUUCUAUUACGUUCAUAUGUACAAGAUAAUGCUCUUCUCAUAUGCCAUAGUUAUGUUCAGCUUUAUAUGAUACAAGACAUAUCAAUUUCCUUUUUUGGAAGUGUAUAUCUUAUCUAUUUUUUUUUUAUUGCUUCUUUUCACGUGAUUAUAGGGUGUGCAUGUGCAUCACGUUCAUUUUUUAUUUUAUAACUAUAAGUUUGUAAUAAUAUGUAUAUAGAAUUGACUCUUAAUGAGCUUUGAGGCUUUAAACUUGAUCAGAUCUAAUUAUUUACUUCUUCCCUGAGCUUAUUGAUUUCCUUAUGUCCAACUGUAACUAAGAGAAGACAACACCAAACUACCAAUUUUAGAUUCGAGUUUGUAGCUGUCUUUGCUGUUCCUGGAUUUUAAGCAUUAUAAAUAGACCUUCUGCUUCUACUGAAUGGUGAAGAUGAGUUCAGAGAACAAGAAAAUAAAACCAAAGGCUGAUAUCGAACUCGUUCUAAAUUAUUCUAACCCAUGCAUUUGGAAAAAUUUGAAUAAUGACUCCUGUGCAGGUGCAAAUGCAGCUUGUAAAAUAGACAAGACAUUUUCUGCUACUGAUCCACUGUCUGAAAUAGUUUGGUCUCCAGAUAAAGGUUUCAGUCUCAAAUGUGUUGAUUCAAGUUAUAAUAAAAAGUCCUCCCUGUUCCGGGAUUUUGAACCAAGCAGUAUGGUUCUUGCUGUGCUCCAAAGCGUUACUGAUGGAAGUUCUGCAAGGGACAAACCAGAAAAUGACGUUUUUGUAGAACCUAUUGCAGUCAUAUGCUCAAAGAAUGAUGUUUCCUCCACAGAUACUCCCUCUGGGCACCCAUCAAGUGAUUCAGUUGUCGUCAUUCCCGACCAUAAAACAUGUCAAGAUGAUAAUGGUACAGGUAAAAGUAACAGCUGUAGAUGUAGGGAAAAGUGGACUUACGACACGUCUUUGAUUUCAAUUCAUUGUUCUGAUCUGGCAGGAUCCAGUGAUAACACGGAGAAAAUUAACAUUGCAACAGAAACACUUCAUUUGCCAAAUGGUGGGAAGGAGAUUGUGAUGAAUGAUUGGGAGAAUAAUCUUUGUGCUCAAGCUGACAUUGGAACAGCUAUAAUAUCUGAUAGAAAGGGAAAGAAAUCUACUAUUUCAGGUCAGAUUGGCAAAAGGCCAAUAAGUAAUUUAUUACUUCAAGCAGAUGAACCUAAAUGUAGCUUGGAAGGAAAUCCUUCUACGAAACAUUGCAAUGCAGGCACAGAAAGUGAUGUUCUCAACAAGGUAGUUGAAAUAGAAGAUGGAUUAUGUACUAGGGUUGAGCAUGUAAUCGAAUGUAAUGGUUCCGCUGCUCACGGAACAAAUUUAAUAUCUUCUGGCGUCAACCCUUUACCAAAACUAGAAUCAACGACAGAGAAUGAUUUGCAAACUUUCAACUGUGAGUCAAAAUCCAAUGAGAAGAAAACCAAAUCCACGGGAAAUGAAAUGAUGCUACUACGUAGUAAGAACCCUACAAUCAUUACUUCUCCAUGUAAUAAAAGGAUUCGUACGACAACAAAUGAAGGUAAGGAGAAGUCAUUAUCAGGUGGAGAUUCCAAUGUCAGUUUACCAAAGGAGAAUGACUUCCAUUUAAGUGGUGAAAGUUGCCGUAGUUCUGGGUUAAUUUUGGCAGGUAAGAAGAGAAGCAACUUUCAGCAAGUGAUAAUUGGGAGUAAAAAAUUAAAAAAGCAUAUUCAAGAAACUUCAUGUUCUAAAUCCUAUGUUCAACCGGAUAGCUCAUUCAUGAACUUGGUUUCAAACAUGCUGAAAAUAUGUUCACAAUCAACUGAAGAUGAGAGCAAGUCAUUGGAUCUUAACCUUGAAAAUCCUAAUCACCAUCUUCAACAGCCUGAUCAGAAACUUCUCACAUGCAACAUGAGUCAAGAUCCGAAGCUAAAAAAUGCAGGGUUCAGAUCCAAUUUUCAGUCAGUGGCAGGUGCAAAAUUUAAGAAUGUUGGAGCAAGAAAAUUUCAAGUAGGAGAUGCUUCUAAAGAUUUUGAGCUACGAAAUAAGGUACAUGGAACAGAUGUUGCUCCAAUCACCUUUUAUGCAGAGAACAAUAGCCUUUACAGACGGUAUUUCCCAUCAAAUAAUAAACUUGAAGUAUCUGAAGGGAGACUUCGGACUAGUCCUAUAAAUUCUCUCAACAGUCAUGAACACUGGGUAAAUAACUCAUUGGAGAAUGAAAAUUAUUACAAGGUGGGGAUAACUAAGGAGAAGGAAGGAACGACAUCACUGCCACUGCAUUCACCCUCAAUUGGACAAAAUAGAAAUAAUAAUGAGAAUGCUGAAUCGAAUGCACAGCAUGAGAGAAGGGAAAUCUGUCAUAAAAGUGAAACUGUGGAAGGACUCUGGAUAAAUCGUUUUUUACCAAAGUCAAGUUCACCAUCGAUAGUUUUUGAUCACCUGAACGAGAGAGGUGAUUCUGGAGACCAUUCCACGUCUUUCUCAAAGAAUGCACAAUCCCAUAAACACAUUUCUCUGACCAACUACAAGAUUGAAAAGGCCAGAGAACAAUCUGACGAUGACCAACUGUUCAGCGAGGCUCAAAAUUUACAUAAGUGUUGUAUCAAUGAAGAGGAUCCCACUGUCCUUAAGGAUACGGGAAGUCAAUAUCAGUUUGUAAAGCAUAAGUUCAACUCCAUUACACCUUUCCCAGGAUUGAGAGAUUCAAGGCCAAUGGUGUCCAUGUUUGCAAGAACAUUAGGUGCCAUCAAACAAUACCGUAAAGAGUAGUCUGCCACAGAUAAACAUCUCUUGCUUAAGGUUACUAGAGAUCACUGACUUGUGAUUACUAAAGGUUACAGGAAAUAAUUCAUGAACUUAUAAAAUAGAAAUACAUUUAGGAGAAUUGGAGUAUCUCAUUGUCUAUAAAUUUCUAUGUAUUGUUGUUUCAAUAUUCCUAUUCUCUUGUUUCUUUCCUUUGGUGGCAAGUGUGAUGAAUGCAACAUUAAUUAGAAUCCCUGUAUAGGGUCUGAAACGUUUGACUAUGUAAAAAUUCAUACUUAGCAACUCCAAACAACAUUUGGAUAAUUGUAUAACAACUUACGUGAUAUUGUGAUAUUGUAAUCAAAUCUACCGGCAUCUCCCCCAUA